UGACGAAAGACGUUACGGUAGAGGACUUUUGUGGAAAACGGAUGGCGGCUUUUCCGUUGUUUGUUAUGUCCAUCAAAUACCUGAGAGAACAUCUACUUAAGGCAGUUACCACUCAAAAGAUAGGAAUCGAAGAGACAGACAUAUCGUACGUGUUAACCGUCCCUGCUAUCUGGGAUGACAAUGCCAAAAGGUUCAUGAGGGAUGCAGCAGUUGCAGCUGAAAUCGACCCCGUCCGUCUUAAGCUGGCAUUGGAGUCGGAAUGUGCCUCAAUCUGGUGUGAAACUUUAAGUGUGGACGUCAAGGGCGCUGUAGCCAUUGCAGGAUCCCAGUAUAUGGUCGUCGAUCUUGGAGGAGGAACAGCAGAUGUAUCCGUACACGAGAGAAAAUCAGACGGAACAUUAAAGGAAAUCCACAAAGCCAGUGGCGGUCCUUGGGGUGGUAUCUUUGUGGAUGAAAAUUAUAUGAAAAUGUUGUGUCAGUUGUACGGGGAAAAGGCUUUGAAUGACCUACGAAAGACGGAAAUGAGUGAUUAUUUUGAUAUCACUCGUGAUUUCGAGCACAAGAAACGAUCCUUUGAUACCGAAAACACAAAUCACGUUGUUAUUCGAUUGUCUGCUUCAUUGCGUGACCUUGGUGAUGAACAUUUCAAAAAACCUCUAGCGGAGAGAAUUUCGGCUUUAGGCAUUCAGGAAAAUUCUAUAACACCAAAAGGUAGAGACAAGCUGAAAAUCGUUGGCACAAUUAUCCAAUCAUGGUUCAAAGGUCCAAUCAAUCUGCUGAUCCAGCAUAUAAAGUCACUCUUAGCAGAAGCAAAGAUGGAACGCGUGCAAACCAUUAUUCUGGUAGGCGGUUUCGGUGAGAGCCCAUACGUUCAGAAGAGAAUGAGGAAUGAAAUAGCUGGAGUGAGACUAAUCGUCCCUCCAGAUGCGGGGCUUGCUGUGUUGAAAGGCGCCGUGAGGUUUGGACACAACCCCUCCAUUGUCGCUUCCAGGAUCAUGAAAUACACGUAUGGGACAUCCAGGUUCAAAAGUUUUAAUAAAAAAAAGCACCCAGCUGAUAAGAAGGUUUGGAAGAAUGGAGAGUGGUUGGUGCCUAAUUGUUUCAAGGUGUACGUGCGGGUGAACGAGGAGGUGGGAGUGGACCAUCAGGUGACAAUUUGGGGUACCCCUUUCAGUAAAAUAUCCCGCACAUCCGUUUACAGGACGACACAGGUGAACCCCGAUUUUACAACAGAUCCUGGAUGUGAACUGCUCGGGACUAUAGAGCUUGAAAACAGCUCCGAGGUUCCGUUUAAAGAUCAGGAUAAAGAAGACACGUUUUUAUUCGGAGAUACUGAGCUGCUGGUAAAGACAAAGAACACUUUCACGGGAAAAGAGGCAUUCAUGACAUUUGAGUGUUUCAAAUAAAUAGUUUUUAAGACGAUGAGUGUGGAAAUACACAUCAGCACCAAUAUACCUAUGAUAUAAAAUAUAUAAAUUAUAUAUUUUAGACGUUUCACAAAACUAUUCUAUAGAAUAUUUCUGUUUUUGCUUGAACAUUAUUUUUUUUCUGUACUACGUUUGCAUACCAAUUUAACUUUUUCUGUAAAUGUCUUAAAUGUAUCACAUACACACCUUGGAUUAGACUGUGUCUGUAUAUGCAAUUAUUAACAAAUUGUGUGUUUAAUAGUUAUAGUACCUGCAAAACAAGAAAUAAAGUUAUUGUUGAUUUAAUUGCAAUACCAAAAUACUGCCACAGAUGUAUGUAACGAUAUCCCAUUAGUUACAUCAAUCUAAAACAUUACUCAUGAAAACACUUCGGUAAAGAGGUGACAACAUCACAGUAUUGUCGUGUUUCUAAAAUACUGUGGUUAGUUGUUGUUAAGGCGAAAAUCAUGAGUGGACUCUGUUUUUUUUCUUAUAAAGGUAGCAUUUGGAAGACACUUUACAGAACAUGAUCUUAAAGAAAUCCAAAUAUUGUAUGGAUUGCAUAUCUGGAAUACAUUUCAAAUGGAUAACAUUUUACAACUCAUUAUUCUCCAAUAAAAUUGAGACUUUUUGGAAGUGUAUUUAUUUUGGAGACAUUUCAAAAGGAAAAAAGCAAUGUCGAAAGUGUAUUCCAUAACUUAGUUAUUAUAAUAUGUAUAUUC